AUGAAAGACCUUUUGAUGGAUUGUGUUUUUUUGCAUCAGCUUGGAGUGAAACCUGUGUUUGUGUUUGUGUCUCAGUCCUACAGUGAGGAGCUGGCCGCCACCGCUCAGGCCUGGGCCGAUAAGUGCGUCCUCGCCCACGGACCGCCCGCCUCCCGCCUGCUCAACGGUUAUGAAUCGGGGGAGAACCUGUUCUACUCGUCCUCCCAGUUCCCGUGGACCACCGUGGUCAACGCCUGGCACAGUGAGGUGGCCCAGUACUCCUACCCCAACGGGUCCACCAACGGGAAUCCCGUGGGCCACUACACGCAGGUGGUGUGGAACAGCUCGUACAAAGUGGGCUGUGGGGUGACGCUGUGCCCCGAUAACAUCCAUCUCUACGUCUGCCAUUAUUACCGAGCGGGGAACUUUAAGGGCUGGCCGCCUUAUAAAGCCGGACCCCCGUGCGCUUCCUGUCCCAACGACUGUGAGGACAAACUCUGCACCAAUCCCUGUCCUUGUAUCAACAGUUUCAUCAACUGCCGGUCCUUGAAAGCCGUGUUUGGAUGCAGCAACGCGCUGGUGUCCGCGUGGUGCCCGGCUUCAUGCAAAUGCUCCACCGAAGUCAUUCCGGUUUAUUAA